AGGAAUUAUCUCAGAGAAUUGAAAGAUUAAAAUCAGAUAAAUCGGCCAUAGGUAACGCUUCACCUUCACCCAUACUAUCCUUAUUUGCAGAAGAGAUUAAUGAAAACGACAUAUAUAAAAUGCGCGCAUUUGCUUGCGACGUCGAUAACUUCUUUAAAGAGCAUUUACGCGACCUCUCAAGGUUAGAUCAAUCCGAAGGGUUCACUCAGCAACGUAUCAGACAGCAGAUUGAAGCUAAUGAUAUCUCAAUCCAUGAUUUUUGGCGGGAAUUGGUUGUUCUCGCAAAUGUCACAAGACAUAGUAGAUCAAUGAACUAUGCAAAACCAGAUAAUAUUACAUGA